GUAUUGUCACUCGUGAGGGACGUAAACGCGGGACGGGUAACUCUCGCACGAGUGCAGCACAAUCAAGGCUCCACAACCUGGAAGCGGACGUAGACAGUUUAUUACAAAUUCUAAUAGUGGGUGACUGUGUAGAUUGUCGCAAAACACGCCCAACGCGCGACGACCUGCCACUGCAAUUGCGUCAAUUCGCUCGCCACAAAUGAGGGCUACCUGCAUUUGCUCUGGUUCUAGCACGAGUCUACACCGACCUAGCGUGCACGGCCUCGCCACGAAAGGGCUGCGUGGGCCCCCGCACGGUUCAACUCGAACCCUCUUGUGCGCAAGUGGUGCUGGGCCGGACGUCCCGUCCGACGCUACCGUUCCCGCUGAGCUGGCGGCUCUGGCGGUGUUGGGGUCCGCCGCGCUGCCGUACAUGGUGGAGGGCCUGACAGACUACAUGAAACCCCGCAAGUGCCAAUCGUGUUAUGGAGCCGGGUACACGCCCUGCCCCACCUGCCACGGCCGUGGGCGGCUAGGCGGCGUCUUCCAGGGGCAGCAGGCGCAGCCCUGCGACACGUGCGGGUCCCGGGGGCGGGUGCGCUGCCAGCCCUGUCAGCACACAGGCCUGGCUAACUACUGGCUGUGGCAGCCGUCAGAGAAUGGCGGGUGGGGUGCGCGCGGGCAGUGAACACACAGGAAAGGAACACGCAACAGGCCGUGUGCUCUGCAAGGUGUUGCGAUGCCCCGCACACGCGAGCGUUUGCGUUUUGGGGGGAGCGGAACACGCGUGGCACUGUGCAGACUGUUUAUAGUUUAGUGCAACGAUUGAACUGUGUGUCUGUGUGUGUUAUGGGGGAUGAGGACAUGACGUUGCUGAUGAUGCGGCGCUGCUGGACAACCGGAUGGGUGGACAGACGCACACACGCUUCCACCACGUCGGGCUGCUGCCUUGUCCAUCACGCAUUUGCAGCUCAUCAUUAACGCACCUGUGGCUACGGAUGGGAGGACAGGGGAGGACAUGGGAGGACAGACGUGCCCUGAGCAUGGUGAUGCCUGCCGUGGCUACUAGGUUGGCGUGUGAGACUGCAACUGAGCUCUGAGUCGGCAGUGCGUCAGCUGGGAGUAAUGACGGUGCGGUUUGCGACGUGUUUUGGCGGCAUGUACUGGGGAGGGCGGGGGACUGAGAACUGGUGGCACUGCAAAUUCGCAGGAUUGAGAACUGUGUGGCAAAUGGAACUGACACUGUAAUGCAUCACUGUC